AAAAAAAUUCAGUGUUCUGGUUGCAGAACAGCGCUGCUGGAUGCGAAAAAUCUCAAUUUGCUCUCAAUAAUCUCUUUCAAUCUCGUUAAUUUUCUCGAUAGAUUAGAUCUUGGAAUAGGAUAUUCGGAAUCCGCCUUUUUCGAUUCCGCUGCUUGUUCCCGCUCUUCAAGUUCUCAGAGUCGUAGAUACGUUGAUACUGUCUCCCCUCGAUAAUUUUCAAUCUUCUAGAGGCGGCGGUGGUGGAGGAAGUGAGAUGAUGCGAAGGGAAGAGAAGGGAAGGGGAAUUGGCGGCGGCGGAGGGAAUCCGCCGUCUCGACAUCUCUGGGUAGGGAACCUUCCCCAGGGAAUAUCUGAACGAGCGCUCACCGACCGGUUUCUCCGGUUCGGCGAGCUGGAAAGCGUGGCGUUUCAGCCGAAUCGGAGCUACGCGUUCCUCAACUUCAAGCACGAUGAAGACGCAUUCGCCGCCAUUGAUGCGCUUCAGGGGUUCCCACUCACCGGCAACCCGCUUAGGAUCGAGUUUGCCAAGGCGGAUAAGUCCUCCUUUGCAUCACACUUUGAAGAUCAGUUUCGACGGGAUGAACAUCGUUCUACAGCAAGAGAAUCGUCUUUUAUCCAAAAGGACGUCAGAAUGCGUUAUGAAAGUCCGGACUCCUAUAGCAAAUCGAAAACAAGUGACAGAGAUGCAGAGCCCAGUGAGGUGUUGUGGAUAGGAUUUCCAGCUACGCUGAGAGUGGACGAGGCAACCUUGAGAAAGGCUUUCUUUCCAUUCGGAGAAAUAGAAAAGGUCACUGUAUUUCCCGGUCGAAGUUAUGCAUUUGUUGAGUUUCGGAGUCUAGUAGCAGCAUGUAAGGCGAAGGAAACACUUCAGGGGAAAUUAUUUGGCAAUCCUCGGGUGCAUAUUUGUUUCGCAAAGAGCGAACCUUCCUCAUCUAGUAGUGGGAGGGGGCUACCGAGUGGAUCCCUCUCUCCGCCUUACAGAUCUGUCCAUCGGCUGGGAUCUUCAGAAGGUUAUUUUCAGGGUAGGAACUAUGCGGAUCCCGGGGAUUACAUGUUUGACAGGAAAGGGACCUCGAGAAAUGAUGGAAACCAUGCAUAUGAGAACUUGAGGGCUACCCACAGAAUGCCACAUGAUCAUUUGCAUGAUUUUCAUGGUAGUAGCCCGAGGGAAAGUGAUUAUACAUUCCGUGAUGGUCCUCAAAGGCUCCCUUCUCGGAGUUCAGUGUAUGAAGAGCCAAGGGGUUUACCUGAAGAUGACUACGCCUAUCAUGAAUCCAAGAGAUUGAAGAUAGGAUCUGUUUUUUCGGAGAAAGAGCUUCCAGACUAUCCGCUUUCUGGUGUUGAAAGAGAGAGGCGUGCAUCUUUUAGGGCAUCCGCUGAUUUGUCCCCACCAGAUACCUUCCAAAGAAACUUUGAGGAUGGGCAGCUAAGGUACAAGAGAAUGGCUGAACGGCCCUUGAAUCACGGGGAAAGGAGUAGCUUACAAGCUCAGUAUGUCGAUUUUCAAACCGGGGCUCUUCCUUUUCCUUCUAAUGUCCCUGAAAGAAAGAGGUAUACCCCUGAACUCGAUCGGCCAUCCUUGAAAGACUGGAAAUGGGAAGGAACUAUAGCAAAGGGAGGUAAUCCCGUUUGUCGUGCUCGAUGCUUUCCUGUUGGCGAAGUCAUGGACAUGAUGCUGCCUGAGUUCCUAGAUUGCACAGCAAGAACUGGUUUAGACAUGCUGGUGAGGCAUUACUACCAAGCAUCUAAUCGUUGGGUGGUUUUUUUCGUUCCUGGAAGUGAUGCAGAUAUGGUGUUCUACAACGAGUUUAUGCAUUAUCUGGAAGAGAAGCAACGGGCAGCUGUUUCUAAGUUGGACAACAAAACAACAUUGUUCCUCGUUCCUCCGUCUGAUUUCUCCCAGAAAGUGCUUAAAGUUCCCGGGAAACUCAGCAUCUCCGGAGUUAUUCUUCGUUUAGAGUAUCCUGGUCCUGGAUCUGGGCCUGUUCAACAACCAGGUGAGAUGAAAGAUCGAACUUUCUUAACCUAUCAUGCUGAAACAUUAUACCCUAGGAUUAGUGGAGCUUUUCCCGAGUUCGACAAUCCAGGAUUUAACAAGAUUCCCUCUGUUGGAAACCCACGUAUUUCAGCUCCAUCGACCUUUCUCCCGAGUGCUGCUCAUAGUGUCCAAGAUGCACAUCUGGACCCGUACAUCGAGAACAGGCAUGAACAGCCAAUGCACCAGCAUUCUGGGUCAGGCUGGCCUCCUCGUGAUCUUCAGGCUUCGGUCGCCAGUUUCAGAAGCUCACAGCCGCAAGCUUCUAGCAGCAACGAAAACCAUACUUUUCAAGGGCAGCCACUGGGUUCUGAUCCGAGUCAGUAUCCUGAUACACAAGCUUCAGUCUCGACAUCUACACAACUUUCAGGGCUUCACCCUGAACAGCUUGCACAGUUAACUUCUUCUCUGUUGGGGCAGCAGAAACAGGCAGGGAACCCGCCGAAUCAACCCGAGAGAUAUGAUGUACAGAGCAGCCAUCUCACCCCGGAGCUGUCAGCUUCGUCUCAGUUUAUCCAUUCACAACAGACCCCGAGCAUACCUAACUCGAUUCAAAGGGAAGUCAAAUCAAUUUCCCCGGGACACCAAAAUCUACAAGGAAGCAAUACCCAAGAAGAAGAAACCGAGGCUAACCCACAGAAGCGUCUGCAAGCAACGCUGCAGCUAGCAGCAGCCCUUCUGCAACAGAUUCAACAAGCUAAAGGUACUUGAACUCUGUAGCUUCUUCCGCAAAGUUUUCUUUUUUUCCAGAAAAAAAUGAGCUCUUGCAAAAGAGUUCAUUCCUGUGCGAAGAUCCAUGGACCCUAGACUAGUUUUUUUUGGCCGGAAAAAAAUGAGCUCUUGCAAAAGAGUUCAUUCCCGUGCGAAGAUCCAUGGACCCUAGACUAGUUUUUUUUGGACAGAUUUGGUCGGACCAACUAUUGGAAAGAGGUUUGGUUAAAUUGCUGAUCCGAACAAACUGUAAAUGAGAUACACUGCUUCUGUCGGAAAUGUCUAUUUCUUAGGGAAUAAAGGCAGGUAACUAUUUCUUCA